AUGAUUCCUGCAUCCCUGCUACCGAUACUGCUUUUCGCAGUGUCCACCUCUAAUGCCGCGAUUUCCCGGCAGAAGCGGGCAACAUUUGGUUGCUCGAGCGAUAAGAUGAGUGACAAUACCCGUCAGGUGUUCUUGAAUUACCACAAUGAAGCUCGUUUACGUGUGGCCAAAGGAAUCGAACCGAAUAAAAAAGGAUUUCUUAACCCUGCGAAGAACAUGUACAAAUUAGAAUGGGACUGUAACAUGGAGAAGCAGGCACAAGAAGCUAUCGCUUCUUGUCCAAAUUCCUUCUCACCGUGGCCAAACAUGGGGCAAAAUCUGAUGAAGUUUACAAGCGGAUCAGGAUUUUCGAAUCCACCUGGGCAAAUAAAAUUCGCGCUUGACAAUUGGUGGAGCAGAGCAAAGCAGUACGGUGUAACUGAUGCGGAGAAUAGGUACACUAAUGGAUACCUUUACACUUUCGCCAACAUGGUGUUUGCUGAAACGACCAAGCUCGGAUGCGCUUAUGCGAUCUGCGGUAAAGAAUUAGUGAUUACGUGCCUUUAUAAUGCUAUCGCAUACUACACAAACAAUCCGAUGUGGGAGACUGGCAAGGCGUGCGAAACAGCUGAAAACUGUACAACUUACGCAAAUUCACGCUGUUCUAAUGGUCUAUGCACAAAAGGGGCUGACCUUCCAGAGACCAACAAUCAGUGCUCGAGCAAUAAUGGGAUGACAGAUUCUGUUAGACAAACAUUCCUUUCCAUGCAUAAUAAAUUCAGGUCAAGCGUAGCUCGUGGAUUGGAACCGGAUGCACUCGGUGGAAAUGCUCCUAAAGCUGCUAAGAUGCUCAAAAUGGUUUACGAUUGUUCCAUAGAAGCGUCAGCGCUGAGGCAUGCUCAGAAAUGUAUCUCCGAACAUUCAAACAAGAAGGACCGACCAGGCCUCGGAGAGAAUAUCUACACAACAACCGCUCUUAACUUCGAUAAAGUGAAAGCUGCCUCUCAGGCUUCGCAAUUAUGGUGGGGCGAAUUGAAGAAGUUCGGUGUUGGACCAUCGAACAUUCUAACAACCGAACUAUGGAACAGGAAAAAUACGCAAAUCGGUCAUUAUUCACAGAUGGCCUGGGAAACGAGUUAUCGACUUGGUUGUGCAAUUUCACAUUGUCCCAAGUUCACACUAGGUGUGUGCCAAUAUGGACCAGGGGGAAAUAUCCUAGACCACCUGAUCUACACCAUUGGAAACCCGUGCACCUCUGAUGCAGGAUGUCCUGGAUCAUACACGUGUAGCGUUGCGGAAGGGCUGUGUAACGUUGUUUAA